CGGUCGGGCAUCGCCAAACAAUAUCGCUAAUCCGUCCCGGUGAAGCAGCAGCGCCAUCCACAUCCUCAACAUCGGCAGCCGUGUCCACCGCACCGGCAACCGCCAGCACAACCACAACAACAUCCUCUACCACAUCACCCGCCAUUCCCGCUCGGCCUGCAAGCCUGACUGCCUCGGUGAACCAGAAUGCGGCGACCUACAGCAGACCCUACGGGACAACUCCAUACACCUCGGCAUACUCGUCGCCAUACGCCACACCCUACUCCAGAUACGGCGCCGGCAUGUACGGGGCCGGAAUGUACGGCGGCUACGGCGGCUACGGCGGCGGCAUGUACGGCGGAGGCAUGUAUGGAGGAAUGCCCGGGGCCAUGCCCGGGGACCCCAACAAUCCCGACAGCCUCACCCAGCGCUUCAACAUGAGCACUCAAGCCACCUUCCAGAUGCUCGAGGGCAUCGUGGGUGCCUUUAGCGGGUUUGCCCAGAUGUUAGAGAGCACAUACAUGGCUACCCAUUCAAGCUUCUUUGCAAUGGUUUCCGUCGCCGAGCAGUUCGGUAACCUGCGCGACACCCUCGGCUCCGUACUGGGCAUCUUCACCCUCAUGCGCUGGAUCCGGACCUUGAUCGCCAAGCUGACGGGUAGACCCCCGCCGGCGGAUGCGAAAGCUCUCACCCCCGCCUCGUUCGCCCGCUUCGAAGGCCGCCACAGCCCCGCCGGCGAGGGCGGCCCGCCCAGGCCUAGCCGCAAGCCCCUGUUCUUCUUCAUGCUCGCCGCCUUCGGCCUGCCGUAUGUCAUGAGCAAGGUGAUCCGCUCGCUGGCCGCCAACGCAGAGGAGGAGGAGCGCCGGCGGCAGCUCGUGGCCUCCCAGCAGACCCUCGACCCGUCCAAGCUCGAGUUCUGCCGCGUCCUGUACGACUUCUCGCCCGCCACCCAGGGCCAGGCCCUCGUCCAGGGCGUCGACCUCGAAGUCCGCAAGGGCGAUCUCGUGGCCGUGCUGAGCAAGAGCGACCCGCUCGGCAACCCCAGCGAGUGGUGGAAGUGCCGCGCCCGCGACGGCCGCAUCGGAUACCUGCCCUCGACCUUCCUCGAGGUCCUGCGCAAGCCGGGAGCUCCCAUCGCCGCCAUCAAGGCCGCCCCCGCGAGCGAGAGCAGCCGCACCAGCUCGCUGACCAGCACCGUUAGCGCGCCGGGCGCCCUGCCGGAGGCUGCCGCCGCUCCCGCCAAACCCGCCGCCCCUGCACCAGGGCCCGUCAUGCCGUCCACCAAGGUCGGUAACGUCACCGUCGAGAGCUUCCAGAAGUCGCAGUUCCAAUCCUAGCCGGGCUCUGCCCUGUUCAUUCAUUAUCACCAUCGCCCUCUUCCUCCUCACCUUGGCGCCAUUUAUUAGCGGUAUCGGUUGGCCAUGACCAGCCGUGAGUCGCACCUCAUAGCAGCACAAUACACUUGCUGUACUUGCCACAACUAUGGCACCACAC